UAUUUUCAUGUUUCAUUAAUAAAUUUCAAAUGGAUAACGCGUUAUUCGUUAUUUUGUUAACGAGCAUGACUGUGUGAAGACGAACAAAAUAACGGUAUUAAAAUAACUUAUCAGGUUCAGUUGUUCCAGUUCCAGCUACGGCAGUGUGACAGUAAUUUUGUUGAUUAAUUUGUGUGAUAGCAAAGGACUAUGUGUUUUCGAAUAAAUAAUUACAAAUAAGUGAGGUAUUUAAUUAUUCUCUGCAUUGUGCAUAAUUUUUAAUAAUUAUUCGAAGACUAUUUUGUGUUGUGAAGUGUAAAUCAACCUACUGGUUGCUACUGGCGUCUUGUCCAAAGUAAACUCUUUUUUUUGUAAAAAUAUUAAAAAAGUCAUUUGUAUGAUUAUUCUGAUAAAAACAUACUGAAAUGAAUGUUGUUUGACGACAGUCAGAAACAGAGCAGCAGUGAAGAGACUACACAAAUCUACAGGAAAAGUAGGUUGGAAUUGUAACCAUGAAUAAUUUUAUUUCUUCUCAAAUGCCAUAUUUACAAAACAACUUGCCAAAUGAAGGUAGAUCUGAAAGUUCGCGGACCAACGCGUCAUCUUUCAUGAUUCCUCUUAAUAAUUUACAUCUAGGAACUUUACUUCGACAGUACAGUAGCCCUACUCAAAAUAAUGUGAUAUCAUCAAAUACUAGCAAUUACAGUGAAGAUAACAAUGGUAGAUCUCAACAAGUUAGUAGAAGAAUAUCUUUAUCGGCCCUUUUAGGGCCACAUAAUGAAGGGGACCAUAAUAAUUCACAACAAAGCAAUAAUUUGGCAGACAGCGUUGUAAUAAAUUUAGAGAACGCUCCAAACACCAACAGAUUGCAAAAUAAUCACAAUCCUACUCCUGAAACUGGUGAAAGUACAGAAAAUAACGGAGAAGACAGUUCUACUGCUGAAACUUUAAGGCUUAUUGAAGCACAUCGAUCCUUGCAAAUUUUUUUAAAAUAUAUCCCCUUUGUCUUAAUUCUCCUUUUAAAAUGUUUAUAUGAUAAUGGACAUGAUAUUUUAAAUUUCAUUGUCCUAUUAACAACAUUUACGCAUUGCAAUUCAGUACUUAAAAAAGAAACAGCAAAGCAGAGUAGAAGAAACUUAUCAAAGCUAUUCUUGGCUGUGAUUUAUAUUAUUGUCUGUUUACUUUUCAUUCAUUAUGUCCAGAAAAAUGAUAAGUUAUAUUACUAUUUACUUCUUGUACCACCGCUGGAACUCCCUUCAUCAGUUUGGGACCUAAUUUGGACUAUUGCAAUGGCCGAUUUCAUUUUAAAACUGAUAACUAUCGUUUUUAAAAUCAUUUUAGCUGCUCUACCAAGCCAAAUUAUCCAGUUUAAGAAAAGGGGAAAAUAUUUUUUGUUUUUGGAAGCUGUUUCUCAGUUAUAUAGAAGUCUGGUACCAAUUCAGUUGUGGCUCCAUUUCCUGUUGGAUUUUUAUCAUGGUGCAGAAAAAUUUGUAGGUGUGAUACUUUCAGCAGCUUAUAUGGUUUCCAAAGGUCCAGACCUUAUGAGUCGCCUUAAACUAUUUAAAGAGUCUCUUUUUAAAUUACUACGAAAUAUCAGUUUGGGCUCGUCUCCAAAUAAAGAUCAGUUACAGAUGGCUGGUCACCAAUGCCCUAUAUGUCAUGAUGAAUAUGACACACCAGUCCUUUUGACUUGUAAACAUAUUUUUUGUGAAACAUGUGUAACCACAUGGUUCGACAGGGAACAAACUUGCCCUCUGUGUAGGGCUAAAAUUGUAGACGAUCCCUCUUGGAGAGACGGAUCGACUACAUUUUUUAUACAGCUGGUUUAAAAAAAAUCUGCACCAAGGGCUGUUUCUUUUUUUUUGUAUAUAUGUACGUGUAAUUUUUAUCAAUAAACAAAUUUUAUUUACUUAAUUUGUGCCUUUUGUAUUACAUUGUAUAAGUUAAUUUAAGUGGACUAUGGUCGCGUUAGGCUUAUCGAUAAUGUUAUCAGUUUGAUGUAAUGUUUGUACACAUGCCUGUAAAUAAAAUAAAAAAGAUAUAUACAUA